CCUUUCCUCUAAAACCCUUUUUGCUUUUUCUCUACAAUGGCCAAGACCCUCCAAAACCUCAAUUCCAUCUACACCAUUUGCAUAACCAUUUUCCUCUUCUUCUUCUUCUUCUUAACCCUUGCCAAUGCAGAGGCUCACCGUUUCUCAAAACCCUUAUCUCCGUCAAAACAUGGUCUAAAGAAGGAGAAACUAAGCCAUCUCCACUUCUACUUCCAUGACAUAUUGAGUGGCCGAAACCCUACAGCUGUUAGAGUUGCUGAGGCACCCACAACAAACACUUCCUCGACUGUGUUUGGUGCUGUGGUCGUGAUGGACGACCCAUUGACUGUUGGGCCUGAACUGGGCUCCAAGCUUGUCGGAAAAGCCCAAGGGAUUUAUGCUUCAGCUUCACAGAGUGAGUUGGGGCUUUUGAUGGCCUUCAACUUUGUUUUUGUGGAAGGGAAGUAUAAUGGUAGCACCCUGAGUGUGCUGGGGCGCAACUCCGUGUUAUCCGAAGUGAGAGAGAUGCCGAUAGUAGGCGGAAGCGGGCUUUUCCGGUUCGCCCGAGGCUAUGCUCAUGCUAGCACUCACCAGGUUGACUUCAAAACUGGAGAUGCUGUUGUGGAGUAUAAUGUUUAUGUCUUCCAUUAUUAACUGAUGUAACUGCUAGCUUCUUUUUUCUUUUCUGGGUUGUAAAUCCACCAUUUGUGUUGAUUUUCUGUGUGAGGUUAAUAAAAGAGAGGUAGAGGAUUUGAGAGAAAUGAUUGAGAAUGGGCUUGGAUUGGAAGUAGCAAUAGAAAGGAAGUCUAGAUUGGUUUU